AGAUUCCUGAGUCGCACGAAAACACUGCCGAGUGUGGCUGCCGACAUUUGGUCGCUCAGAGAAAAAGGAGUGUGUGGAAAUGACCGUGUGCAACUUCUUCCUCCAGGGACGGUGUCGAUACGGGGACAAAUGUUGGAAUGAGCACCCGGGAGAAGAAGGUGGAGGAGGAGGUGGAGGAGGAGGAGGUUACAACAACAACAACAACUACAACAACCGCUCUUCUGCUCAGCAACAGCCCAGAGGAGGAGGAGGAGGAGGAGGAGGGUUUGGAAACAGAGUUUGGGUGAAUCCCUCCCAGCAAAAAGCAGCCUACAUCCAGCCGUCAUCUUUCUCCUCUCAUGGAACUGAGGAGUGGGGUCGAGGAGGAGCUGGAAGCGGAGGAGCUGACUGGGGAAAGGAAGCAGCAGCAGGAGGUAGAGGAGGAAAUGACUGGGGUAGAGGAGGUGGUGGAGGAGGAAAUGACUGGGGCAAAGGAGGAGGUGGUGGAGGAAAUGACUGGGGCAAAGGAGGAGGGGGUGGAGGAAAUGACUGGGGCAAAGGAGGAGGUGGAGGAGGAGGCAAUGAUUGGGGCCGAGGAGGAGGUGGCGGGAGGAGUGAUAACGUGAAGAGCUCCGAGUAUAGCUUCUCUGCUCAAAACCGAUUUUCAGCGCUUGAUACUCCCAGCACCUUUGACAGGGGAGGAAGAGGAGGAGAAAAGCAGGUGCCAGCUGGAGAGGAUGAUGAUGACAAAAAACUGGAGAUCGUCCAGUCGGACAUGGAUAGUUGGGAGAGUUCGGGCCAGUGGGGCUUCUCAUGUUAUUCCUACUCCAAGGCGCCUUUAUCUGGUUUCACUGAUCUUUCUCCAGAAGAGCUCCGACUGGAAUAUUACUCCACAAGAGAGUCCGGAGAUCUUCAGGGAUACGUUAACGGUAUCACUCAGUUGCUCAACCAGUGGAGAAGCAGAGUCCAGGAACUGAAGGUUAUGAAUCCAGCCACCCGCGCUGCUUUGCUUGCAGAGAUAAACAACCCAGCACCUCAGGCAUCUUCAGGUGGCUUUGGUUUAGCAACAUUGACUGGAUUUGGAUCGUCUACAUCCAGCGUGGAAACCAAAGGCUUCGGGGCUCCAGCAGCGGCCGACUCCUUCAGCUUUGCUGCUCCGGGUGGAGGGUUUGGAUCUUCGGCUGCACCACCCUCCUCCACAGGGUUUGGCAGUGCCUUAGCAGCUCCUACACAACCUCCCUCUGGAUUUGGAGCCACUUCUCCAUCUACUUUCUCCUUUGCUGCUCCGACCACCGAUAAGCCAGCAGCAACUACAGGAUUUGGCUCUGCCUCGGAGUCCACUUUCUCCUCGACAUCAAACACUGGAGCAGGAUUUGGGAGCGGUUUUGGUGCUCCGGCACCUGCGAUGGCAAGUGGAGGGUUUGGGACGGCCGCUGCUCCCCCAGCAGCAGGUGCCGGGCCUGCGGGUGGAGCUUCAGACAGUCUGUUUUCACAUGUGAGCAUUAUGACUGCAGAGGAACUGAAUCAGUUUAAGGCUAAGAGGUUUACUCUCGGCCAGAUUCCUUUAAAGCCUCCCCCUACUGACAUGCUGGUGGUGUGAUGGAAGGGACUUUUGAAAUAAAAAGAUAAUUUAUAGGAACAUAAGAUUUGUGCUUCUAAUUAAACCGAAGUCAUAUUAGUAAUGCUUACGAUAUGGCUAAUGUUUAUACAAAGCUUGAUGUUCAGCUGUAUAGUACACAGUACAUUUUUAGAUGGCCUUUUGUCAUAUAAAGUGAUGUUUGCAAUUGAUUGAAUGUUUUUUCUAAGGAUUUUUCUGAACUGGUUUUCUAAGUUUGACCUUUCCCCAUUUGGUGAAAUACUGGCAGUGAACCAUCAGUUGAUGAUUAAAGUAACCUAUAUUACAACAAAACAACCAAAAA